ACAGUUAUUUGGCCCCGCCCGUUCACUGGGCAACAGUUUUACUCGGCAGUGAAUCCGCACACUCACACCAUACGCGUUCGCUCAAAAAAAAAAAAGCUGAAGAAGGUCUCUGACAAACACAGUUCCGAGGAUGAUACACUUGAGAUUUCGGACGUACUUACUGCUUGGAGUUCUCUGCGCGUUCAUCAUCAUCCAUCUCCUUGUGGAUGUUAUUGACCAAAAGAGCAUUCGCCUCCAAGCAAGCAUGAAAAAGGAUCGAAAUAGCGUUAUGGAGCCGACCAAUCAGACCGAUACCUUCUUUUGGCCGAGCCCAGUUUGUCAUCGAAACAUGUCUGUAGCCAACAUGACAGGCUUCGCGGCUCUUCCUGGUCAUAUUCAGGACUUUCUGUACUACCGCCACUGUCGCCGCUUCCCUCUGCUACUGGACCUGCCUGAUAAAUGUGGCGGAGUUGAACGGUCAGGGGACGUCUUCCUCCUAUUGGUCAUUAAAAGCUCUCCUGCGAAUUACGAGCGCCGAGAGGUGCUGCGCAAGACCUGGGCGAAGGAGCGAUUGCACAAUGGUGUUUGGAUCAGAAGGCUCUUCCUCUCGGGUACGACGAAUCAAGGCUUUGAGAAGAUGAGGCUGAAUAAGCUGCUCCAAGCAGAGCAACGCGAGUACAACGACAUUAUUCAGUGGGACUUCACUGACUCCUUCUACAACCUCACCUUGAAGCAACUACUUUUCCUGGAAUGGAUGGAAAGAAACUGUCCGAACGCUCGUUUUUUGUUCAAUGGUGACGAUGACGUUUUUGCCAACACGGACAACAUAGUGGAGUUCCUCCAGAGCCUUAAAGACAACGACGGGCGCAAACACCUCUACAUCGGGCAUCUUAUCCAGAAUGUUGGGCCCAUUAGAUCACCUAGGAGCAAGUAUUACAUCCCAGUCCAGGUGCAAGAGUCAAACUCUUAUCCGCCCUACUGCGGGGGUGGGGGCUUCUUGCUGUCGGGCUACACAGCUUUAGUCAUACACAACAUGUCCCGUUCCAUUACCAUUCUUCCCAUCGAUGACGUUUACAUGGGGAUGUGUCUGGCUAAAGCAGCGCUUGCGCCAAGCUCGCACAUUGGGGUGAAGACAGCGGGACUGUACAUCCCCGCCAGCAAUGUCGACACGUACGACCCUUGCUACUAUAAAGAUAUGCUGCUGGUCCACCGAUUCCUCCCAGCUCAGAUGUACCUCAUGUGGCAAAGAAUACACGCCCGUGCUCUCAAAUGUGGUUCCUCUGGGUAGAGAUGUAAGGCAACUGUGAUUCUCAGGUGAAGUCAAAUGACUCUUGUUUCCUGGAUUCCAGGCAUGGUUGCCAGCGUCUGCAUUGCUUGAACAGAGUUUUGCACUUUGGUAAGGCUGACUGUCAAUAACAAGGUCAGGCAGUCGGUCACACCCUCUACGCAAAACAUGUUUUUCUGGAUGAGUGGCUAUUACCAAAAAGACUUUGGUCAACUUAUUCUCAUGAAAAAUGUUUCAGGCACUCAUAUGUCCAUCAACAUAAAUUUUAAUCAUUGCUCAAUUAAAAACUUAAGAUAGUUUAUUUUUUUAAAUCUUGAGACUGUAUGUUUUUUUAAAAAUUAUACUCAUAUUUUUUUUAUUUAUGAUAAUGCGCAUAUUAAAUGGAUUAAAAAAAAAAUCAAACAUUUGACUCAACUAAAUUUAGGUGGAAAAUUUGACAAAAUAAUGUAAAAAAAAGCUGGAUUAUUGAUGAUGUAAAUGCUUUGCGGGGCACAUUAAAAAAACCAAAGUAUAUAUGUAGCCCAUUGGCCAUACUUCCCCACCUAUGUUCAAGGCAGGGUACAAGCGGGACUGGUCAGCCAUCAUUCAUGGCCACAUUAAUUAGCGUUUCACUUUUUGUGUAUUCCAAAAGAGAAACAUCAUUUUGUCUGAAGCAAAAACAAAAAACAAAAAAACAGCAUGAGAUCCUGUAAAGUCCUCAGAUGGAGCCUAUCUGCAGUUUUUUUUCCUGCAGCUUUGUGACACAUGUUUCCGGUACAGGUUUCAGUGCCCUUCUUUGCUGCUUCUCCCGGUGAAAAAAUAAUUUUGUCUCCAGUUUACUGUACACUUCGUCAUCCCUGUAUUGGAUAUUAGUUGCUGUUCUUCUGAGUGGUUUUGCUUCUGGCUGGAACUGUGAAAUAAGAUAAGAUAUCCUUUAUUCGUCCCACACUGGGGAAAUUUACAUUCGACAACUUCUCUACAUUUCCGUACAAUUAAAAUGCAUUGAAGUGUGUGCAACAGCAAGCAAAGAAAACCCAAUUGCUAUUUCCUUGUUUGACAUAGCAAGUCGUGCACUGUCACGAUGACAACAAAAGGUUCCUGAAAUUACAGGGGGGAACGGGUUGUAAUAUUUUGACCGAUCAGAUAACCAGUAAAUGACAACUAGGAUUAAUGUAAUGUGGUUUCAUAAUUUUCCUGCACAUCUAAUCUGAUAUGGACUACGAUGGUUGUAUGAUAAACAUUGUAGCAAAUUAUUAUUCUUGUCACUGCACACCAGAAGAUUGCUGUUGAAUUUCUUCUUUCUUGUUCACAAUAUAUUUUUUGGUUUUGUGUGUGUGUCAUUGUUACAGGGCGGCCCGGUAGUCCAGUGGUUAGCACGUCGGCUUCACAGUGCAGAGGUACCGGGUUCGAUUCCAGCUCCGGCCUCUCUGUGUGGAGUUUGCAUGUUCUCCCCGGGUCUAUGUGGGUUUUCCCCGGGUGCUCCGGUUUCCUCCCACGUUCCAAAACCAUGUGUGGCAGGCUGAUUGGACACUCUAAAUUGUCCCUAGGUGUGAGUGUGAGCGUGGAUGGUUGUUCGUCUCUGUGUGCCCUGCGAUUGGCUGGCAACCGAUUCAGGGUGUCCCCCGCCUACUGCCCGGAGACAGCUGGGAUAGGCUCCAGCGGUUCCGAAGUUAUUGUUACACACUGAAUGCCCAUGUGCUGACAAGGUAUCAUCAUUUGAUCUUCGAAUGUGUUGAUAUUUAAAUGAAUAUUAGAGAACUUCUAUGUAUACUGUAUUUUGAAAAUGUAUGUACUGGUACUGACAUGAUAUUUUAAAUUAAGACAAUGUAUGUUUUUGUAAAACGUUGGUUUUAAUAAUCUCCGGUUGUAUGAUCUACUGUGACUGAAGAAGAUUUGGUUCAUAAAGUUCCCCAUUGCGAUUUCCUUUGCGUUCAUUUUUUUCUUCCAUUUUCGUUUUCCUCUAAUAAGGACUCUGCAGGCAGAAGUCACACUUGCACUUCGUCCACCAUUGCUUUUGUUCCGCAGAGUUGGAUCUAAAUAUUCAAGUCUGUUGAUGAAUAAAUAGAAAUGUUCUUGUCA